CAAUUAAUCUGGCGCGCUUUUUCUCAUUAAUCUAAUUUUGUGUAUUUGUGAAUUAAAAAUUCUGUGAUAGCCGGCACUUUUGCUUAAGUAGAUUAACCCCUUUCACAAUAUUUGUGUAAUAUGAAGUGUACCAUUCCCGAGAUAUCAUGGCAUAACAGAGAACCGGUGCUCAGUGUGGAUAUAUGUUCCGUUUUUAACGAGUUUUAUAGGUUAGCAACUGGAGGCGGCGACUCUCAUGUUUUGAUCUGGCAAUUGAAUAUAACUCAAGAUGGUGCUGUUAAAGUGGAAGUUAUAUCAGAUUUAACCAGACAUCAAAGGGCUGUUAAUGUUGUUCGAUGGUCACCCUCAGGACAAUAUCUUGUGUCAGCUGAUGAUGAUGCAAAUAUAAUAAUAUGGCAGUUGAAAACAGACAAUAUACCUUUACUAGAAGGAGAGACAAAUGAUAAAGAAACGUGGAUAGUGUACAAGGUUUUGAGGGGACACAAAGAAGAUGUUUAUGACAUUUGCUGGUCAGUAGAUGGAUCAAAAUUACUUUCAGGUUCAGUUGAUAAUACUGCUAUACUAUGGGAUGUAAACAAAGGAAAAAUGGAACAUAUUUUAUCAGACCAUAAAGGUUUUGUCCAGGGUGUGACUUGGGAUCCUAAAGGCCAACUAAUUGCCACAUUAGGAACAGACAGGAUAUGUAGGAUAUUUGAUACAAAAGGCAAACAAGUCAAAGCUAGAAUAUUCAAAGGCAAGCUGCCAGUAACAUCAGACCAUUAUUUAUAUGAUAAGGAGAUCAAAUAUUUUUAUGAUGAUACAUUCAAAUCUUUCUACAGGAGGCUGCAGUUUUCACCAGAUGGUUCUCUUCUGAUUUGUCCAUCAGGACAUAUUGAGUCUGAGGAAAGCAAGAAAAUUUUGAAUGCCACUCUCAUAUUCACCAUGGAUAAUUUAAAUACACCAGCAGCAAUUUUGCCUUCAAAGAAACAGUGCAGCACAGCAGUCAGAUGUUGUCCUAUAUACUUCGAGUUGCGGGAAAGCGGUCCGGAUCCGGUGAUAAAACUGCCAUACAGAAUGAUCAUUGCAAUUGCAACUGAUCACGACGUGAUUUUGUACGACACACAGCAAUUGUCACCGAUAUCAUGGCUUCAGGAGAUCCAUUACACGCGACUAACCGAUUUGACGUGGUCGCCAGACGGUUUAUUGCUGACAGCUUCUUCCACCGACGGUUUUUGCGCGUUGAUUACCUUUGAAGAAGGUGAAUUGGGAGUGCCAUAUGUUAAAGAAGAGAGCGAUGUCGAGGAGUCCAUUCUUAAUAUCAGUGGAAUUGAAGAACUUGAGGAGGAUGAAAAUGUUGAUUUGAGUAAUAAAAUGGUUGUUAAAGAUAAGGAUAAGACUGAAAAAGAAGAGCAGAAGCAGAAAAAAAGUAAUUUUCUGCUAAAAUGGGCGAAUUCCCCAACGAAUGUUAAAAAGGUUACGCCGUUGAAUGGGAAUUCGCCAUCCACACAUAAUAAAAGCACUGGGGUCAGUGAGGCCUCUCCCAAAUUACACACAGACUUAAACUCAAAACCAGCAACCAUUAAUAAAUUAACUCCUAAACGAAUAACUCCUAUUACAAUUAAAGAUUCGGAGUGCUCUAAAGAAUUGAAGGUGAAAAUAACUCCUUUAAAAGCAGACAGUUCAACAAAUAACACAUCUCCAGUGAAUAAAUUAGUUCCCAGGAGAAUCGUCCCUACAAAGGUAGAGAGUCCCAUAAAUGUACAAGAGAAGAACGAUAAAGUUAAAAAAAUAGCGCCUAAAAGGAUCAACCCUAUAAAAGUGGCAGAUGUACAAAGUGGGAGCAGUAAAAUUUCAAAAGUUCAAUCUAAAAGUAGUAGCUCUCCAAAAGUUUCUAAUCAAUUAAAGAUCAAUCAGUUGAUUCCCAAGCGGAUAACGCCGUUAAAGGUUCAAGAAGAAAAUGGCAGUGAUAAACAAGAUUUAAAGAUUAGUAAUGAAGUUAUAGAAAUUGAUGAUUAAAAAAAAUGGACACAAGACACAAAUUUAACAAGUAUUAUGUUUAAAUAAGUAACGGAACUAGUAAAUAAAACUUACCGUUUUGGUGUAUUUGGUAAUUACCGUUAAAAUCGAAGACUGUAAAUGUUUAAAUAAAGGUUAAAAGUUGUAUUUUAAUUAUGUUUAUUUGAUAAUGAAUCAUAAUUGAAUUUUCAGUACUAAGACCAAACCAUUGUUUAAACAUAAGUUUUAUUGUUAUCAGAUUGAUACAAUUCUGAAGAUAAAAUGUUAAAUUCUCACUUUGUAGUUGAAUUUGAUCCAUAAUUUUUGUAAUGGCCUUUAAACUGAUUGAAUUUUUAUUUUACAGUUAUAUACUUAGUUUAUAAAUACAAUAGUCAUAAUAUCAUUUACUCGCUUCACUUUUUAUUUAUAUUUUAAUUUUAUUGUUGGUUUUAAAUAUUUUCUUUUUUGCAAUAUUUGUUUUUACUGUUGGUCAAGCAUUUAUAAUCACAAUGAAACUUUAGUUGUAUUUGUUAACAUUACUGUUUUAUCAAUAGAAUGUGGCUUGAAAUAUUUUCUUAAUUAAACGGCACGCGAUUUCAUCUUGGAACUUGCGUACCACUUUUUUAAAAUAGCUUUCAUUUAAAUAGUUGAAUCCAUAUUUGGUCAGUUUGAGUCAUAUACUAAAAAUCAUAUUUCUGAAAAAUUUGAAAUUUUAUAAUAUUCGAAUGUUAAAUUGGAAUUAAAUAUUUCGAUUCCACUACUAUUUAUGCUUUAAUUCUGGGUAACCUAUUAUGUAAUUAUCAGGUCCAAUAAAAUUUGUUUCUUUUUUAAAAUCAGGAGUGCCUUUUAUAAAAAUGUAGUUGAAAUAUGAUGUCUAUGUAUUAUGCAAUGAUUACACAGUUUUUACUGUGGUGUAAAUAAAUGUAUUUAUGAUAAACUUUUCAAUAAAAUAUAAAAGUAAUUUUUAUUA